GAGGUGGCUGCGGUUUCCCUUUUUUCCCCUCCGGAGCUCACGUUUUUCGCUUCGCGCAGGUCCGCGGCGCUCCUCCCCGUGUUUCAGGCUGGGGGGCGGCUGGGGAUGGCGCUGCCCCGGCUGCUGGUGCGAGCGCUGCACCGGGCGGCCGCUGCCGCCGCACCUGCGGCUCCAGACUUCAACAGUUUUGUCACUCGGACCAACACAUGUGGAGAGCUGCGUGCUGCUCACGUGGGACAGAAGGUGACUCUGUAUGGAUGGGUUCAAUAUCAAAGACAAGGCCUGUUUCUGGUUUUGAGGGAUUUCCAGGGACUCACCCAGGUCAUCAUUCCUCAGGAUGAGGCACAUUCCCAUGUGAAGGAGCUGCUGUCCAAUGCCCCACUGGAGUCUGUGGUCAGAGUUACUGGGACAGUGUCCCCUCGGCCCCAGGGGCAGGAGAAUCCGAAAAUGCCAACAGGGGAUAUUGAAGUGAAGGCAGAGACUGCAGAGAUCCUAAAUUCCUGCAAGAAGCUGCCUUUUGAAAUCAAGGAUUUUAUCAAGAAGUCGGAGGCGCUGCGGAUGCAGUAUCGGUACCUGGACCUGCGCAGCUCCCGGCUGCAGUGGGCGCUGCGGCUGCGCUCCCGCGUGGUGAUGAGGAUGCGCGAGUACCUCUGCAACCUGCACGGGUUCGUGGAUGUAGAAACUCCAACUCUGUUUAAAAGAACCCCAGGGGGAGCCAAAGAAUUCCUUGUGCCCUCGAGGGAAGCAGGCAAGUUCUACUCUCUGCCACAGAGUCCUCAGCAGUUCAAGCAGCUCCUCAUGGUUGGAGGCCUGGACAGGUACUUCCAGGUCGCUCGCUGCUACAGGGACGAGGGGUCACGGCCUGACAGGCAGCCAGAAUUCACCCAGAUAGAUAUAGAGAUGUCAUUUAUAGAUCAAGCUGGGAUCCAGAGGCUCGUAGAGGGCCUCCUGCAACAUUCCUGGCCUGAGGAAAGAGGCUCCAUUGUGACUCCUUUCCCUUCCAUGACAUAUGAGGAGGCACUGGCUGAGUAUGGGACUGAUAAACCAGACACUCGCUUUGGGAUGAAGAUCGCGGAUGUCAGUGAUGUUUUACGAGGAUCAAACAUUCAUUUUGUGCAGAAUGCCCUCAGUUACCCACAUGGCUCUAUCAGAGCCAUUUGUAUCCCUCAGGGAGUGCGGUAUCUUACAAAUAAAGACUUGGGAUCAUUGAAGGAGUCAGCAAAAUCCCAGUUUAACCAGGAAAUCAUGGAAAUUAUCUGCAGACCUGAUGGAAGCUUGAAAUCUCUGCUUACCAAGUUCCUCAGUGAGAAGGAGCAGUCAGAGCUCAUCCAAGCACUGAACAUGCAGGAGGGUGAUGUGGUGCUGCUGGCAGCUGGAGAGCACAAGCAAGUGUGCUCUGCCUUAGGAGCCUUGCGCUUGUUGAGCGCCAACCUCCUGGAGGCAGCUGGGCUGGCACUCCGUGAUCCCACAGCCUUUCACUUCCUCUGGGUGGUGGAUUUCCCCCUCUUCCUCCCCAAGGCUGAGAAUCCCGCUGAGCUGGAAUCUGCUCAUCACCCCUUCACUGCCCCUCAUCCUUCAGAUGUCAGCCUCCUGUAUUCUGAUCCCACAAAGGUCCGUAGCCAGCACUACGACCUUGUGCUGAAUGGCAGUGAAGUUGGAGGUGGCUCCAUCAGAAUUCACAGUGCAGAACAACAGCGUUUUGUGCUGGAGAAAGUGCUGAAGGAGGACUCUGAGGUGCUUUCCCAUCUGAUUGAGGCUUUGGAAUUUGGAGCUCCACCUCAUGGAGGAAUUGCUUUAGGACUGGACAGGCUGAUCUCUCUCAUUGUUGACGCUCCAAGUAUCCGGGACGUCAUUGCCUUUCCAAAAUCCUUCAGGGGACGAGACCUGAUGGGCAAUGCUCCAGACUAUGUCACUCCAGAAGAGCUGGAGCCAUAUCACAUUCAGGUUUCCUGGCCUCUUGAAGAAAAAGAAGCAAAGAAAAACUGACUUCACACCAGUGGUGUAAGCUGAUCUGAUCAGCCAGAGGUGGUUACAGCUUCUAAAGGCCAGGAUUGAGUUCAGGAAAUAUCAGCUGCUGUGGCAGGGUGAGGACAGUCCAGCUCCACU